AUGCUCUCCAUCCUCCACUUGAUCGCCAUCUAUGCUCCGUCAUUUUUCUGGAAGCUUGAACUACGCGCUGCACUGUUGUCGAUGUCGAUUCCGACCGCUUUGGCAAUAGCUAGCGUCGCAGUUUACUUCAUUGUCUGCCCUUGCACGAUGUAUGCGAUCCCCGGCUACUACCUCACCUACGACCCUGCGAAAUCGGACAUCACUAGGGUUGUCAGUAUUCUGCUGAUGGUGUUAAAGGGAGGGAUGUUUUUGCUUAUCCUCGCAACGGAUGCGGUCAUUGUGUGCAAGCUCUACCCGAUGAAGGUGUUUGGCCGCAAGACGCUGAGAACCGAGAAUGGUUCCCGGACAACCACAGUCGACCCAACAAAUCCAAGGAUUAUCGUGACGAAUCAGACGUCGCGAUUGCGUGUUGGGCUCGACAAACGGCUGGUGGUCGCUUUUUUAUUUGUAGCGUUCGCCUACAUGGUUUAUGCCAUCUACUUUACCUUCCUAAGCAUGGUCCCAACGGCCUGGGUGCCAUAUUUGAAUCUAACUAUCUAUGGGCUUGAUGCUUGUAAAUGUACCGUGUAUGUAUUGAUCGUCACGCUAAAA